AUGCUGCGGCUGGUCGUGGAUUCAGCUACGAUUAACCCGCCCCUCAGCCCCCCACCCAGACCCUGUGUGACCGCCUACUUCCGAGAUAUAAAGAGGAGAACUCAUGAAGCAGAAGGGAAUAAUCCCAUAUGGAAUGAGACCCUGAUCUGGUACCUCUGGGACUGCCCCCUACAAAAUGACUCUUUUCUGCAAAUCAUCCUUCGGGACGUGGGCGCAGCAAAGAAAGACAGAUUCAUUGGGCUGGCCACAAUACUGCUCCAGCCCUUGGUGAAAAAACCGAGUGAGGUCCUUUCUUUGAAGGACAUGAACCUGCUUAACCAUCUCAUGCUGUCCACAAAUUGCACCGUCACCCUACAUGUGACCCUUGAGAGAAAACAGUAUACAUCGAAAUUAGGUGAUGACGACCUCCUGGGCCCAAGUGCCCAAGAGGUGGCCAGGCAGAAACUGAUGGUCCCUGGCUCCGGCAUGCCCAUGGCUCUGUCCUCGAAGCCUCAGCACUUUCAGGUCCGAGUGAAGGUAUUUGAAGCCCGACAGCUCAUGGGCAACAACAUCAAGCCGAUGGUGAAUGUGGUCAUCGGAGGCUACCAGUACAACACGCGGAUCAAGAUGGGAAACAACCCUUUCUUCAACGAGAUCUUCUUCCAGAAUUUUUAUGAGGUACCUGCUAAGUUAUUUGAUGAGACCAUCUUAAUCCAGGUGAUGAAUUCCACACUGAUGAGAUUCAACUCAGAGAUCGGGAGAUUCCAAACAGAUAUUGGGUUUAUCUACUAUUCUCCAGGUCACACACUCAUGAGGAAAUGGUUAGGCCUCUGCCAGCCGAAUGAACCCAACAGUGGUGUGAGAGGCUACCUGAAAGUCACCAUCUGUGUCCUCGGUGUGGGAGACCAGGUUCUGGUAGAUCAAGAGACGCCCUAUGGGGCUGAUGACAGCACUACUGAGAUCUUCAAGUCAACGGUGGUCCCGACCAACGUAGCCUACUUACAGUUCUUCAUCUACUGCGCAGAGGACCUUCAUCUCAAGAAACAGCACUUAGUGAGUCCUGUGUUGGAGGUGGAACUAAUUGGGGAAAAGCUCAAGACAAAUGUGCUGACUCAAACCGAGAACCCGAUAUGGAACCAGAUCCUGACCUUCCAGAUUCAGCUGCCCUGCCUCUCCAGCUACAUCAAGUUCAGAGUCCUGGACUGUCCCAAGAACAGUUGCCAGGAUGAGAUUGGGACCGUCAGCCUGUUCCUCAACCAGAUCUCAUCUACUGGAGCAGAAAUAGAAGGAAUGUACUCUGGCUUCCUACCCUGUUUUGGCCCCAGCUUCUUGACUCUCCGAGGGGGUAAAAAGGCCCCUUUCAGGAUCCAGGAAGAAAACACUAAUAUUCCCGACUCUCUUAAGGAUGGUCUAACUUAUCGAGGCCGAGUCUUCCUGGAGUUAUCCACCCACGUCACUUCCCAUCAAGACUUUAAGAGGAAAGAUCUCUCCUCCGAAGUGACCAGUAUAGAGAGACACCAUCACCGCCAGAAGUAUGGGCUGUGUGUCAUCUUCCUUUCCUGUACCAUGAUGCCCAACUUUAAGGAUCUGAUCCAGUUCGAGGUCAGCAUUGGCCACUAUGGAAACAAGAUGGACCUGAAUUACAAGCCUUGUGUCUCAACCACACAGUACAGCCCAGUGAUAUAUGAUGGGAACAUCUACCAUUAUGUGCCCUGGUACAACACCAAGCCAGUCGUGGCUGUGACCUCCCAAUGGGAAGACGUCAGCUUCCGCAUGAACUGCCUCAACCUCCUCCACUUUACCCGGGACCGCCUGAAAGCCAAUUUGGACACCCUGAAAUCCAUAAGGAAUCCAAGAGACCCCGCUCUGCUCCCCCAGUGGGAGAAGCUGCUGAGGGAGCUGGUGGAGGACUGCAAACACCCUCUGCCCUGCAUGGCCCAUCAGCCCAGAGCCACCGAGCUGGACAAGAAGAGGUGGCAGCUCCGCAGCCGCCUCCUACAGGAACUGUCCCAAAAGGCCAAGGAAGUUAAGCCCAGGAACAUGGUGGCCACCGUGGAGGACUGGCUGUACCGCCUCAACGCCGUUCUCCCUGAGCCCCAGAUGAGCCUCCCAGACGUGAUGAUCUGGCUUACGUCCAAGGAGCAGCGGGUGGCCUAUGCACAGGUGCCUACCCACAGCAUCCUGUUCUCCCCAACAGGGGCUCUGCACUCUGGCAGGUUCUGUGGGAAGACACAGACCCUCGUUCUGCAGUACCCAAAAGGUGAAGGACAGGACAUGCUGCCGGUACACCUCCGGGUCUGCAUGUGGUUUGGCAACGUCUCGGACAGCAAGGAUCUGCAGCUGCUGCGCGAGGGCGAGGUGGUCGUGUAUGCGGAGACGUACGAGAACCAGGCCAAGUAUAAAGACCAGUGGGGACAGCAGGGGCUAUACCACUGCCCCAACUUCUCGGACGUCAUGGGCCACAAGGCCCUCCCCAAGGAGGAUUUCCAGGCACCCCAAGGAUGGCACUGGCAGGGGCAGUGGACAGUGGAGCCUCAGAGGAGACUCCUCCUGGACGUAGACAUCAACAAGAGCCAGGUGCUAGAGGAGGUGUAUGAGAACCAGUGUCGUGACACCACGGGGGCCUGGGUGCAGGCAGCCAUCCCAAACACGGACAUGAACGGAGAGCCCGUGGAGGCCCGGGAGAAUGUGCAGUGUCCCCGAGGCUGGCAUGUUAAGGAGAGCUGGAUCGUGGAGCUGAACCAUGCAGUGGACAGUGAGGGCUGGGAAUACGGAGUGGGGAUUGAGCCGUCGGGCCAGCCUCGGGUCUGGAACUCAGUGGAAAAGACCUACUACUCGUGCCGCCGGCGGCGCUGGGUACGUGUGCGCUGCCGGAACCACGGGAAGCUGAGCCUAGAGGAGGAGACCCUCUCCUUCCUGCAGCUGGUGAGAGGGCUGCCUGGGUGGGAUGAGGAGGGCUGGGAGUAUGGGACCUUCGGCUCCAAGUUCCACCUGAACCCUCAACCCCAGAGCCAGUUCCGCCGCCGCUGCUGGCACCGCAGGAUGGUCCCGAACAAGGACAAGGGCAUUGCACCCAUAUUCCUCCUGGAGGGAUCCUUGGUAAAGCCUCUGUGGUCUAGGGGAGAGAGUGUGCCCCAGGUCCACACCCUUGGGCUAGAAGGGAAGGGUGACCUGGGCCUGCACUGGGGGAGACAAGAAAAGCACCCAAGAACCUCAGGGAGAAUGUCCUGGGCACAGGGUAUGGAUCUGAAAGAGAAGGGAAGGAAGGAAGAGAACAAGAGGCUGACACCUGCUACAGAUAAAACGAUCAGGAGCUCCUGGAGGCCUGCCCCAGAGGAUAUCCAGCUACAUGCCCUACCCUUCAUCUACUGCAUCUUCAACAAGCCCCACUACUACCAGCUUUUCUGCUACAUCUACCAGGCCCGGAACCUAAUGUCCAACCAGAUGCAGACAUUCCAGGUGCCCUUCAUUCGGUUGGUCUUCUUGAACCAUAGCCAGUGCACCCAAACCCUGAAGAGCUCUGCAGCCCCAACGUGGGCCCAGACACUCAUUUUCCAGCACCUGCUUCUGUACGAGAACCCUGAAGACACCAAAGCAAGCCCUCCACUCGUGGUCUUAGAACUGUGGCAGCAGAACGCUCAGGGAAAGGAGAGCUUGUGGGCCCGGAGCAUGUGGUCCCCGGUGGUCUGGCUGGAUGUCCAAAAACGGACCCUGCCCCCUCUGAGGUGGCACCCCCUUGUAAAAUUGCUAGGGGAGAAAGAGGGUGAGAUCCUGGUGUCCUGUGAGCUGAUCCUUGAGACUGAGAGUGUCAAAGAGAGGCCGCCAAUCUUAAGUGUUCCCUGGAAGAACGGAGUCUACACACUCCCCAAGAGCAUCCAGCCGACACUAAAGAAAAUGGCUGUGGAGAUUCUGGUCUGGGGCCUUCGGAACAUGAAGCAGGUGCGUUCCCCCCAGCUCCUGGUAGAAUGCUGGGAAGAGUCCCUGCAGACAGAGCCCAUCAAGGACUUCCAGACCAACCCUAACUUCAUGCAGUCAGUCCUUUUCCUCACGCUGUUCAUCCCCACAGAGGAGGUCUAUGCGCCACCCCUCACAUUGAAGGUGGUGGACAAUCAGGACUUCGGCCAGCAGACCGUGGUGGGUCAGGCCAACAUCCACUCCCUACAACCCUACUUCUGCGACCCCUGGGCUGAGGACUACGUGCCUCCACAGCUCCCAAUGCUGUCUGUGAACAAGUACCAGAAGCUCCUAGAUUACUUCUAUGAAAAGUUCUGGAUCAGUCCCAGCAAAGCUCAGGAUCAGUACCAGCAUGAAGUGGACUGGUGGAGCAAGCUAUUCUGGGCCACAGGAGAUUCGAAGGCCCUGCAGUACAAGUACAAAGACUAUCAUACCCUGAAGGUGUAUGACUGUGAGCUGGAAGCCGUGCCUGCCUUUGAAGGCCUGCAGGACUUCUGCCAGACCUUCAGACUCUACCAAGAAGAGCCCAAGCUGGACAGCCCUGUGGUAGGGGAGUUCAAGGGCCUUUUCCGCGUCUACCCCUUUCCUGAGGAUCCAAAAGCCCCCAAGCCCCCCCGCCAGUUCUUGGUUUGGCACAACAAAGAGGACUUCCCUCAGGAGUGCUUGGUGCGCGUGUACAUGGUUCGAGCCAUCAACCUGCAGCCCCAAGAUUCCAAUGGCCUGUGUGACCCUUAUGUGAUCCUGAAACUGGGACAGACAACGAUGGGCAACCGGGACAAGUACUACCCCAACACUCUGAAUCCCAUCUUCGGCAUUAUGUUUGAACUGAGCUGCACCAUCCCCCUGGAGAAGGACCUAGAGAUCCAGCUAUAUGACUUUGACCUGUUCUCACCUGAUGAAAAGAUUGGAACCACAGUCAUUGACCUCGAAAACCGACUCCUGUCUGGUUUUGGCGCCCGUUGUGGGCUCUCCAAAUCCUACUGCUACGCAGGGCCCUUUAGGUGGCGGGAUCAGAUGACCCCAAGCUUCCUCCUGGAACGCCAUGCCAAACAGAAAGGGUUGCCUCCGCCUUUGUUCAGUCCUGAAGAGGACACUGUUUUUUACAAUGGGAAAAAAUUCAAACUGCAAAGCUUCGAGCCCACGCCCCCUCCUGUUCAUUACUUGGGACCUAAGAAAGAACGCCUUGCCCUGUACCUCCUGCACACCCAGGGGCUGGUGCCUGAGCAUGUGGAGACCCGCACAUUGUACAGCAAUAGCCAGCCAGGCAUCGACCAGGGAAAGGUGCAAAUGUGGGUGGACAUCUUCCCCAAGAAGCUUGGGCCUCCUGGCCCCCCAGUCAACAUCAAGCCCAGAAAGCCUAAAAGGUAUGAGCUGCGCUGCAUUGUCUGGAAAACUGCCCAAGUGGACCUGAGGAGAAGUUUAACCACCGGGAUGAGCGACAUCUAUGUCAAAGGGUGGUUAGCUGGGCUCGAGAAGGACAUGCAGAAGACGGAUAUCCACUACCACUCUCUGACUGGGGAGAGCAACUUCAACUGGCGGUUCAUCUUCACCAUGGACUACCUGGCAGCUGAGCGUAUGUGUGUCCAGAGUCAGAAGGACUACAUAUGGAGCCUGGACCCCACCGUGAUGAAGUUCCCAGCCCGGCUUAUCAUCCAGAUCUGGGACAAUAACACCUUCUCCACAGAUGACUUCCUAGGGGUCCUGGAGCUGGAUUUGUUUGACAUGCCCCUCCCGACCCGGCACGCCAACCUGUGCUCCAUCAGGAUGAUGGAGACUGACUCCAAGUGGCCCUACUUCCUCCAGUAUAAGCACUUCUCCCUCUUUAAGAAGAAGACCAUAACGGGCUGGUGGCCUGCCCAGGUCCUCGAUGGUGGCAAAUGGCACAUGUCGGGUAAAGUGAAGAUGACGCUGGAGAUUCUGUCCAAGAAGGAAGCCUUAAUCAAGCCAGCAGGGCGAGGCCAAUCAGAACCCAAUCAAUACCCUACACUUCAUCCUCCCCUACGCCCCAACACCUUGCUCAUAUUGCGGUCACCUGUGACAAUCUUCUGUCGCAUUUUCUGGAAACGCUACCACUUCAAAAUCAUCAUCGGUGCAAUCAUAUUUAUUAUAGCACUUAUGCUGUUCAACUUUAUCUACUCUGCCCCGAACUACUUGGCCAUGAGCUGGAUCAAACCUGAACUUCGGCUGAAUGCUCCCAUUAAAACACCCACCAAUAUCAUGAAUCCCCCAAGCAGCAGCAACGCCCACUCUUCCAUCCUCACCAGCCAGCAUCAGAACCUAAAUUCUACAAUAGACCAUGAGCUGAAACUCCUCCAGGGACCUAUGAAUCGCCUACAAGACAUUUUUCCAGAACUUCCAGCCCCACAAGACUAA